AUGGAGUUCCCCAGGUAUGUUGGCAAUGGUGAUGACCAGGACGGGUGGUCAACAGUUGCCCCCAUGUCAAAGAUUCGUGGAAGCCUGGCUCUGAGCUUCCUGGGAGGAACUUUCUAUGCAAUUGGCGGCGGCAUUCCUUCUGAGCAGUACUCAUUGGUCGAAGGAUACAAUCCCAUCACAGACCGAUGGAGGAUGCUGCCACAAGGAUUGGAGACGCCCCGCUUUGCACUGGCAUCCUCCGUUGUCAAGGGCUCCAUAGUGUGCGUGGGUGGCCUGAAGGGCACUGAGUACCUGGACACUGCAGAGACCUUUGACCCAAGGGAGGGCAGGUGGAUGACACUGCCUUCGCGCAUGUCAUCGAGGCGCGGCAGCUUUGCAGUGUGCACUCUGGGGGAGACGAGUCUGCUGGCGAUCGGGGGCUUCAAUGGCUCGGAGAGCGUGGCGUCCUGCGAAGUGCUCGACCUGCGCUCCGGCAAAUGGCGGCCGGCAGCGUCCAUGUCAGCCGGGCGCGCCUUUGGUGGCGGAGUCGCUGUCAAUGCUGACCAGGCACUGGCGUUUGGAGGGCUCGCCUCAAAUAUGCAGAAUUACAAUACUGCCAUGGAGAUGUACUCCCUCAAGGAUGAUGCCUGGACUCCAUUCAUGCCAGCAGGAGGUCCCGGAAGCCUCAUGCGAGCCUUUUUCUCUGCCGUAGCUGUGGAGCAGUAG